CGUGCCGCGCCGAGGCAAAACAGAGUGAGUGUGCUCUUUGUGUAAUGACUCGGCGCUUUGCUCCACGCAGCUGAUCGCGGGUAGACGUACUUGACCGAGUGCACCGAGUGCACACUUGUGGAGCACUAAUAUAAACACGCCCGGUGAAAGAACGCCCAUUGCUUUCGACACACGGCUUGCGCAACCGGUAUCCCGAUUAUUAUCGUAGCACCCGUCAGUGGCUUCGAUUCGUCGCGACAAACGCGUGAAACGAAUCUUAAAAUCCGAGAAAUUCCCUAUCCUCGCGGAUUCUCGAGCCAUCCUACUCUCGGCACACAUACACGCGUGUAUAUACAUGUAUAUACGUGCGAACGAUACACGACAAGGCUAAACGGUCGAUCGGGCCGAGCAUUGACCAAGCUCGCGUAAGAUGGAUUUUCAGGAGGAUGGAGGCGGGUUAAGGAGAUCCGUAGGAGUGACUACAUACCCGUUCUACGUACCCCUCGAGUGGUGGCCCCAUAAGGGCACGGGAUCCACGCUCUCCGUGGCAGAGGGGUUGGUCUCGCGGCCUCGAGGAGUGGGGGGCUCCGAGAGCCGAGGAGUGGGGAUACCCCGGCACUCGGCGAACGGUUCGAAGCCAGCCGGCCUGGAAGGGAGCCGGGGAACAGAGUUGGCGGAGUUGCCAGACGGGUUUCUGCCGAGGCAGGACGAGCUCGCUUCCCAUGGCUCUUUCUCACGGGGGCUCCGUUAAACCGACGGUGUUCGCCGAUGUUUCUUCUUCUUCUCGUCGUGUCGAGUGCGAAUCAUAUACACACCGUUCGAUAUACACAACCGCGUCCACGCGUUGAACAAUAUGGUUCGGAUCGAGGCUCGAACCGUUUGAAUUUCUCUCAACUUUGGAUUAAUAUAAUCGUACAAUUCCUCCUCCAUUUUUUCCUUCCGAGUGUGUGUUUUCGAGGACCGUGUUUUCGGGAGGGGGAGAAAGGAGAGUGAGAUCGGAAAUUGGGAAGAGUGCGCUCGAUCGGGAGAACUUAUUACAGUAAAUGUAAAAAGGGAAGGAAGGAAGGAAGGAAGUGCGCGGAAUCGAGAGUCGUCGGUGUUGGCCCGUCGCACGAAGAGAGAGAAGUUGGUGCACCUGCCGCAGUGAUUCCCGUGGCGCCACUCACGUGUUGCAUGCGUGCCGCGCUAUCCAUCAUGGUCGCGGGCUGGGAGCGGCUCUGAUUGGUCGCCGCCGCGGUCACGUGUGUUCCGUUACCGCUUCUCGACUCGAUGAAUAUCAACAUGGAACCACCGUGUUCUCCUCUUCUAUGAAUUGAAACUAACUCGACCCGAGGAAGGGGGAUCCCCGAACGCUUUUCUCCUCGACCGAUUCGAGAGAGAGAGAGAGAGAGAGAGAGAAAAGAAAGAAAAGUGCGUUUGGAAGGAAGAAGGAAGGAAAAAAAAAAAGAGAGUGGUGGUAUCGAAAGGGAAAGAGGGAGAAAGUAUCGAACGAUAAAAAAAUGAGCUCGUUCCUGAUGAAUCCAUCCACUGGCGGUGGAUAUCACCACCACCAACACCAACAGGCAGCGGCCAGCCACCAUUUGGCGGCCACUUCGGUCAUGGUGGACCCAAAGUUCCCACCCAGCGAGGAGUACAGCCAAAGUAAUUACAUACCGUCCACGGGAGCCGAUUUCUUCCCUCCCGCAACCGGCCACCAUCUUAAUCACCCGCAAUCCCAUCAAUUGCAAUACGGAUAUCACCAGCAUCACCACCAGGCAGCGUCCACCCCUUACGGCGCCUCCUCUGCUGUUCAGUUGAACGGCGGUUACGCGGGAUACGGUGGCUACUACGGCCCCCAUCAUCCCCAUCACCAGGUGCACGCCGUGCAUCACGCGAGUUUGCAUCCGCAUCACCACGCGGUGGGCGCCCUGGCGAUGCCGCCCGAGGCGCAGCAACCGCCCCUCACGUGCCCAUCCUCGAUGCAGCAGCAGCAGCAGCAACAGCAGAAUCAGCAACAACCACCCGUGUCCGCGUCCACGGUGCUCGGAGCCACGCCGUUGUCGCCCGGGAUCAUGCAGAGUCACGUGCAGCCGCCGGACACCCUCCAGCAUCAUCAGCAACCCAGCCACGAGGCCACCGCCUGCAGCCCGCCUACUGCAUCCGGCCAACUGCAUCGCGACAAUUCGCCCGAUCUGCAACAACAAUCGAGCGCAGGUCAGCACGUACAGGCCGGCCAGCAACAGCAGCAACAGCAACAGAGCCAACAACAGUCGCAGCAGCAGCAGCAACAACAUCAUCACGUGGAGGAUGGAUCCGAUCAGGACGAUGUGGAGGACGAUCAGAUGAUGGACGGGUCGCCUGGAAUGAUGGAGGAGGAGGAGGAGGACGAGGAGAACGGAGACCGUGUGAUUUAUCCGUGGAUGAAGAAGAUUCACGUAGCUGGUGUCGCGAACGGCUCGUACCAGCCCGGGAUGGAGCCCAAAAGGCAGAGGACCGCGUACACGAGGCACCAGAUCCUCGAGCUCGAGAAGGAGUUCCAUUACAAUAGGUACCUGACGAGACGGCGGCGUAUCGAGAUCGCUCACACGCUGGUCCUGUCCGAGCGGCAGAUUAAGAUCUGGUUCCAGAACCGUCGGAUGAAGUGGAAGAAGGACAACAAGCUGCCCAACACGAAGAACGUGAGGCGGAAGAACGGGACUGGGGGCCAGGCGGCGCCCUCCGCCGGCAAGUCGUCCAAGGCGGGGGCGUCGAGCAGGGGGCCGAAACUGGCGGCCGGGAACGGGAACAACAACAGCCAGAGCAGGAAGAACAACAACAACUCGCCCUCGAUGGCGGACGGGGGGAUGGACUCGAACGCGUCCCAACAGCAACAGCAGCAAUUGGGCCUCUCGGACCCCCUGGCACCCGACGUGCACGCCGCUCUUCCGCAUACGAGCGUCGUCCACCCGAGCUUCCAAGGCCACCCGCACCCCCUCGCCCACCUCCAGGCCCAGCUGAGUCACCACCACGUGACCGGGAUGAUGGAGGGGCCCCCGGGUGGCGGCCCGUUGGGCCACAUCGCCUCCGGAAGCAUCAGCCCCCUCGCCCCCGCCACCAGCCCCUCCGCCUCCCUCCAGGUCUCUGCGCCCAUCCACCCGCCCCCGAUCAAGUCCGACUACGGCCUCACGGCCCUGUAACAUCCGCCCCUCGAAAGGAGGCAACGCGAGUCGAACUCGACCGAGGCCCUCGACGUGCAAGGCUUCGUCGCCGUUUGGUAGCCGAGAAUCGUGAAUCGUGAUGACGAUAACGGGCUUCGUCGCUUUGUUCGGUUAGAUAGGCGAGGCGAUGACAUUCGAAGGGAACGAUCGCUUUUCCCCCUCAGCCUGCUUGUCGUCCUAUCCAAUCAUCUCGUCUCGAAGCCUCCUUCGCGUGCGAGACACCUCGAGGAAGGUAGAGCUUCCCUUCAAGUGUGAGCGACGGGGUGGGAAGAAUGUUUGGAAGGGAACGCGUGAAAAUUGUUCGCUCCUCGUCUCGAAUGUUCUUUUCUAUUUUUCUUUUCUUUCCCUCUCGAGAAGGAGGAUGAUGGAAGACGGCGGGGAAUCGAAGAGAAAACUGUUCGUUUCGAUUCGACUCGACGUGUACGUGUACAUAUACACACACAUGAGCAUACGUGUAUACACACGCAUACACACACACACACACACACACGUAACGCAUGUAUAUAGCCGUGUAAAGAAAGUCGUCUUAUCGCUAUGUGAUUUAAGUGCGUCGUAUUUCGUAUGUAUAAUUGCGUAAGUGUGCAAGCGUUUUUAGCCUUCUUAAGUAAUUUCGAUAGGGAGCCACAAUUUUAAACGCAAUUUUACCAUACGUUUUUCGUUCACGCGAAGGAAACGUAUACGAUGUGAUGCCCGUAUUAUUCCACGCGCGAGGAAACAGGCAGAGAUGGCUGGGGAGGGGGGAAAGAAAAGGAGAGAGAAAGAGAGAGAAAUUAGAAGAUAAUCGAUCGUUGCUCGCUUUCGCGUUCGCAAAAUCCUCCGGACGUAAUUUCAAUUUACGCGGAGAGAAACCAAAGUUUCUUUUUCGUACAGUACAUCGAGUAUAUCUUUCUAACAAGGGGGGAAGAACGAAAAGAUGCUCUUCUAAUAUCUCGUCCCCUCUCCUCCCAAAAAAGAGUAUACGAUCAAACGUCUGGAGGGUUCCUCUUUAAUUUGUCCAAUCAUCGUUAGUUUUACCGACGGUCUCUCUCGGCCCGACCGACAGAGUAGCCAACGGUUCGUCGUCCCGGCGCAAAGUGGAAACUUCCUGCGCUCGUCAGACACCGCGCGCAGCGACAGGCAGAGAGGAAUACUUUCCACGGGCUCACUGCUUAUUGUAAAUAUAUAUAGCGAUAAAUAUUUCGUCUAUUUUUAUUCGAGAGAGAACGACCAAUAACGGGGAUAUAGAUUAAGAAAGGGGAAAAAAGGAAGGAGGGGGAAAGGCGAAAAGGCGUUCGUGUUCAGAGGGGAGCGAAGCUCUAAUCAAAUUUGAAACAUGCACAGAGUCGCUGUGACGAUAUACCAAAACGAUGUUUUAUCGGUUUAAAUAUAGGAUUCGUAGAGGAUAUUAAUUAAAAAAAAGAAAAAAAAAAAGCGUCGAUGAGCAACCUGGAUCAUCGUUCUUUUCGAAAUAUUUCUUCUUCGAAAUAUUCUUCGAACGGGCGAACGACGAAGGAGACCACGCGAUAUUGCACAAUUAUUUCUUCUUUUUUCGGGAAUAAUAAAUCGUGGAUGUUGCACACGAAAUGAUAAUUUGUGAUAAUAACGAUGUUUCGGGAGAAGAAACGUAGCGGAAGAAAUUAAUCUUCUAUUUAAUCGAGAAUUGAUCUUUGGGGAAAGAGCGAACGAUUCAGGUUAUUCGUCGAAGAUGCGAAAUGAGAAGCGUUUGCCCGUGAAAUGUUUGGACGGAGCUGGGCAAUCUAGCGUGUAAUUAGUUAACAGUUUUAAGCGAGAGAAGAAAAUACAAAAAAGAGAAAAAAAUAAAAAAAAAAUAAAUAAAAAAGUAAUAAAUAAAUAAGCGCACGAAUUCAACAAAAGAACAAAAGUGUUCUACUUAAGUGUGUUAUUAUUAUUAUUAUUAUAUUCCUUGAUGAUCAUUCUAACGAUAAUUGUAUAUAGCCUGUACGAUAAUUUGAACGUAUUUGGGCACAGUACGAUGCUUUAUGUUUAUAUUGAUUAAGUAGGGACAAGAUCAAGAUACAAUCGUGAAGUAAAGUGAAUCAAUAAAUAAAUGUUUCGUAA